GGAUAGAAAAGCAAAAUGGAACAGCACUUGAAGAAAAUCAAACGCAUCUUCAACGGACAGGAGUAUCCGCAAACAAUUUGUAUUUCUUAUUCCUUAAACAUGUUAACAUAUUUAGGACAGUGGAACCACAAAGAUUCAACGCGAGCAUUCAAAAUAUAUUUCUAUUUCAUUUCAUUGUUGUUUCUGUUCCAUUUUUAUGCCUUAGUAAGAGAUCUCUUUGAAACUUAUAAUGAUUUGAUUUUAUUUGGAGACAAUAUGUGCGUGACGGCCGGAGUCGCUUUGGUGCUUUAUAAAAAAGUGUAUCAUAAUUACUACAGGGAAAAUUUCGAAGAGAUAUUUGGAAAGCUACAAAGUUUAAGUAAAGAAAAUGAUAAAAGGAUUACUCCUAUCCGUAAUUUGUUAAGGACAUACUUUAUACAGGAGUAUAUUUUGACUAUCAGUACGAUUUUUCUUGGAUUGUCACUAAUAGUUGCUAUUUGUGGUCAUUCUUUUUUCGAUUUAACUUUACCUAUUCGAGCAAAGUAUCCAACAGAAGUUGAUUCCGUAGAGAAGCUUGUAUUCUUCUCCUUAUUUCAAGCAAGUGUCAGCUUUUUCCUUAUCGAGGGAAUUGUUUUCAUCGACGGGAUAGGAGGUCAAGUGAUGAGCCAAAUGUCACUGCAGUUUCAUAUACUGUCCCUGGAGUUCAGAACAAUCGGACACACGUUGAAUAAUGAUUCAACUUGUGGUUCUGGAGAUCCAAACCACAUUUCGAUGGUCAGACAAGACCUACAUGAGCUAAUUCAACGUCAUCAACAAUUAAUAGAAUUCGGUAUGAACGUGAACUCGCUCUACCAGCCAAUGCUUAUGGCACAAUUAGGUUGCAGUGUAUCUAUGAUUUGUUUGACAGCUUUCGAAGCCACUUUAACUAUGCAUGACUUGUUUCUUUUCAUGAGAUUCGCAGUGUAUACUCUUUCUGUUUUGAUUCAAAUCUUAUAUUGGUGCUAUUAUGGAAACAGAGUAUCGUACAUGUCAACUAUGAUCAACGAUGCAAUUAUCGAAUGUAAUUGGCUCGGAAGUGACACAAGCUUCAAAAAGGAUUUCAUGUUAACGAUGAUGCGAGCGCAGAAGCCAUUCAAGUUCAAGGUAUACGGAUAUUUCCCCAUAUCAUAUGAUACAUUCAUAGCGGUUUUAAGUCGGUCGUAUUCCUUUUUUACUUUGUUUAGAACGGUUAGCAAAUAAGAGAAGAUAUUGUCAUUCUAUACUAUUAUAUAAUAGUGGUAGACAUAUUUAAGAUUUGCCCUUUAUAAACUUACUCACAAAUUUACAUGAUUACUGAAUAAAGCAAGUACAACAAUUUGUGGCACUAAAAUACUAACUUAAAUCAUUUCCCAUGUAAUGAGUAUUAUAGUAAUGAUGGCUACAAUAUACAUAAAGAAUGUUUCUGAAAGGUUAUGUGACAGCUUUGAAACAUGAGGCAAGAAGCUCUCAUUCAAAAACUGUAGAAGUGAUCAGGAAUCAUUAGACAUCCAAGGCACGUUACACGCUAUUGGAAGAUUUAUGCCAUCAACAUAUUUCAACCACUCGAUAGGAUAAGAAAAGUGAAAAAGAAAUAGAAGUAAAUAGGGGUGAGAAAGCAUCACCCAGCUCUUCUUCAUUGGAAUACCGUUUUGACUCAUAUUCUGGAUACUUAAGAAUAACAGUGAUUUCAAAUUGCAUGCAUUGCAUGUAUC